AUGCCGACCAUGGCUCAAGCAGGCACCAACGGCGACGCAGGUCCGUCAGCGCCAACCGAAGCACAACCGGCCGCGCAGGUCUCAUAUCAAAGCAUGGACUCGGAAGAGCUCUCUGCGCUCGAAGAGAUGGCCGAGUGCGAAUCCGAAUCGGACACCGAGAUCGAUCGACUCCUCGACGCCGCUGCCGACUCCUUCCCACCCGAAACGAUCUCACUCAUGGUCAAGGACCUCAAGCAGCGCGGCAUCGUCUCGUUUCUCUCCCGCUACGUCGUCCCGGAUCCAUCACCGAUCCGCAUCAAGCAUCUUCUACUCGCGCUGGGAGUCUUCCUCCCACGCUCGAUCCGCGACUCGGACGUCCCCCUCGACAUCCUCCUACCGAUCCUUAAGACGGCUCUCGCCCGCAUCCUGCGUCGACGCGAGAAGCUGCCGCAGUACAACACAGUCGACGACGCUCUCCAGCUGCUGAGCACGCGCAGACGCAUCAUGGUCCUCUCCGGCGCCGGCAUCUCCGUUUCGUGCGGCAUCCCGGACUUUCGUUCCAAGGACGGCAUCUAUUCAACCCUCCAGUCUGAGGGCAAAUACGAACUCGACGAUCCACAAGACAUGUUCGAUAAGCAAUACUUUCUCUCCAACCCGUCCAUGUUCUACUCGUUCGCACACCGGAUCUUUCCCAGCAACUUCGUGCCCAGCUCGGCGCACCGCUUCAUCAAGCUCCUCGAGGACAGGGGGCAACUGCUGAGGAAUUACAGCCAGAACAUCGACACGCUGGAGCAGAUCGCGGGUAUCGAGAAGGUGUUGCAGUGUCAUGGAAGCUUUGCCUCUGCGAGCUGUACCGAUCCUUCCUGUGGGUAUACCUGCAAGGGGAGUGGUAUUGCGGCAGACAUCUUUGCGCAGCGGGUACCCAAGUGUCCGAGGUGCGAGCAGAGGAAGGUGGACGAGGCAAAGAAGCCCAGUAAGAAGAAACGCAAACUGGGCAACGGCAAGAGCUGGAGACCCACCGACGACUCGGACGAGGAUGAGACGGAUGAAACGCAGCUGCCCGGAUUCGGGAUUCUCAAGCCGGACAUUACGUUCUUUGGCGAAAAGCUCGAGGACAAGUUCGACCACGCCCUGCUCGCAGAUCGUGAGCACGUCGAUCUGCUCAUCGUCAUGGGCACCUCGCUCAAGGUUGCCCCGGUCUCAGAGAUCCUAGGUCACAUCCCACAUUCGACACCCGUCAUACUUAUCAACAAGACUCCCGUGCUGCAUUUGGCCACCGACAUCAUGCUGCUCGGCGACUGCGAUCGCAUCGUCCAGUAUCUCUGUCGCAAACUCGGCUGGCAUCUGCCAUCUGUACAGCCGAGUCAGGAUGUGGUGGGAACACCAGCGGCUGUCGAGGUCAAGGAGAAGGUCGAGCUGCUCGACCAUGCGGUGGGGAAAGCGAAGGAGUUGGUGGAGGCAGAGGCCAAGGUCGAGCAGGCGGAGCCGGAAAGGUUGAUGGGCAGCCACGCGUGGCUCUUUGAAGGAGCAGAGCCAGGGCGGUUGCCGGCGUUGCUCGCAGAGAUGGAGGAUGACGAUGAGGGAGACGAUGAUGAAGACGGAGUGGGCGACGAGGCUAAGGAGGAGGCAGACGAAGACAAGCACACGUCACUACCGCCACACACAUAG